AUGAAUGAAUGGAAGCUAAAAACAUUGCACGAUUUUAUUCGUGGAAGAGGUCGACCAAUUGUAGAAAGAGUGCCAUUAGAUACUUCGGAAGACAGUGAAACUCUUGGAAAAAUUACUUCAUCUGAAUCUUCAGAACUUAUUGAUCUAAUGAAUUCCGGAAUCAUGUCACAAGGUGGAAUGAUGGUACGUUUUUGAUAUUGAAAAAUGUUUUCUUAGAAAGGAUAUUUUCAGAAAUCUGAACCAAAAGUGGCAUUUCCAAGUCCACCUCAACCAAUCACUCAAAUAAGUAAACCUGAGCCAAGAAAAGUGAAAAAGUUACGACCUUCUUCAAAAUCAACAGAAACUUCGAAAAAGCCAAUAUCUACGGAUGAUUAUAAACAACUUGCCAAAUUUAUUCAGGUAAUUUUUCAGGUUUUGAAAAAUAAAAAGUUUUGGGGAACAUCUUUUAGUUUCAAACCACAUUUAAGCUUUAAAUUUUGUCAUCAAAAGUUUGGCCUUCAUAAUCAUUUUUCCAUAAGAAAUUCGAUAAAUAACCUUCAAUUCUCUCCAGAAGUCUUUUCCCAAACAAAUCCUAAGUCCAUCUUUUAGAUGUAUGUUGAUCAACAACAAAAAAUCAAGCAAUCAACCACUACACCAAUGGCGAUCACAACAACAACCCCAAUAAAAAGUGUAUCCCAGAAAAAACCUCGAAUAAUUGUUUCUCCAAUUCCUGAUAAUCAAUGGACAACAAUGGAAGAAGAAAAUGAAGAUGUUGUAGAAGAAGAAGAAGAUAUCACCUCAUCUUCAAAAAAUCCAAGUCUGUCAUUUUUUAUCCAUAUAUUUUUGUUAUGGCAUCUGAUGAUCAGACAAAGGCAUCCUUCUUAUGUAAAACUUGUUCUACGUCUACGAUUGCGCGCGCGUCUCACCCAAAAAAACUCGUUCGAUAAUAACAAAAUCCUAGUUUUUUUCCAGAGACAACAAAAAUGAUUUCAACAGAAGAAAUACACAAACAAAAAAUGAACAAAUUGAGCAAUGAACUUUCGAAAGUAUUGAAACAAUUGGGAGAAUCUCGACAACCACAAGUUCACGUUUUGAGAAAUGUAAGAUUUUCAUAAAUAUUUUCUGUUGUGUUUGAUAGUUUUUAGGGUUCUGCUGAACAAACUUCAAAUGGUCAAUAUAUAUUCAUUGCAACUAUAACCCUCAUAAAAGAUGGUGAUAAAUAUGUGAUGGUUGAUACUGGACUCGGAACAAAUAUCAAUGAAAGAACUAAAUUAUUACAAGCAAUCGAAAAUCUUGACAUAACUCCAGAAGAUAUCAAUAUAGUUGUUACAACUCAUGGGCACCCAGAUCAUGUUGGAGGAUUACACGAUUUUCCAAACGCUUUACACUAUCAAAGUUUCUAUUCACAUUAUCACACGGUAUUCAACUUGACAUCACUUUUUGAGGCAGAAAGUUUGAAUUUGUCAGAAAAUAUUAUGUUAGUCAAAGCAAAAGGUCAUACAUCUGAUGAUAUUGCGGUUAUUGUUAGAAAUGCUAAAGGAUUUGGCGAUGUUUUAGUUGCCGGUAAGAUAUGAUAACAAAUCAAAAGAUCAUUUUGAAAAAUGAAAUAAUUUUGAAGACUUUCCAAAAACACUAUAUUCCUCUAAAAAAAUCUUGCAGGUGAUUUGUUCAUUCGUGGAGAAGACAUUGAUCAUCCAAUGAUGUGGAAACCAUUAUCCGCCGAUAUUGUAAAUCAACGCGAUUCUCGUCGUCGUUAUGGUUGCAUUGUUGAUUGGAUUAUACCUGGACACGGAGAAAUGUUUGAAGUCACCUCAAAUGUAAAACGUCUACUGAAAUGCUAA